UCCUAUAACUAUUUUAAUAGUUAUAUUGUAUGCAAUUUACAGAUAUUAUACAUCAAAAUGUAUGUAUUGGGAGUCGCAAGGAGUACCGACAGCAUCGGUAAGUCUAUGGACACGUAUGACCAGAUCCAUAGGCGAUUGGGAACAGGAGUUAUAUGGAAAGUAUGGCAAAUGUUUCGGUAUCUAUGAACUGAACCGUCCGGUACUCUAUCUGUCGGAACCCGAUUUGAUUCGCGAUGUUUUAGUUAAAGAUUUUCAUAGUUUUCAAAAUAGACGGGAUUACUCUACCGGUGCCGACAAAAUCAUCGAAAAAGUGGUCAGUCUUAACAGGGAUGACGACUGGAAACGUAUCCGUACUAUAAUAUCGCCGACAUUUACGGCCGGAAAACUCCGUAAAGUUAUGCCAUUAAUCACUGGUUGUAUGGAUAAUAUGGAUAAAUAUUUGGAUACUGUAUCCAAAAACGGUAGCUCAGGUGCUGGUAGUGAUUUGAAACUACUGUUCGGGGCCUACAGUAUGGAAGUCAUAAUACAGGUAGCAUUCGGUACCCGAGUUGAUACCCUAUUUGAUAGGGACAACCCGUUCAUCGGUAACGCCAGCAAACUGUUUAGUACGGAUUUCAGUCUCCGAUUGCUUACGAUUAAUAUGUGGCCCGAAAUGGCCAAACUAUUACGGUUGCCGUUAGUCGAUAAAUCGGUGACCAAAUUUUUCAGGGAAUUUACUCAGAAAAUUAUUGCCGAUAGACUAAGUAGUGGACAACAAUUGUCGGAAAUUACUGCCAAACGGACCGACUUUUUACAGUUAAUGUUAGACACGAUGACAGCCACUGAUGAUAAUGACAUCGACAACAACAAACCACCGAUGACUACAACCAAUGAUAAUAAUACUAAUAAUUUUGAUAAAUAUCUGACAAACGAUGAACUAAUAGCUCAGUCGAUCAUAUUUUUCAUCGCCGGCUACGAGACAACUGCCAGUGCUUUGUCUAUAAUAACCUAUUUGUUGGCCAAACAUCCCGAUUGUCAGCAGAGACUGUACGAUGAAAUCGAUGAUUACUAUAGACAUCAUAAACAGUCGGACACCGAUUACGAUGUAUUGCUAUCCAUGAAAUAUUUGGACGCCGUCUUCAAAGAGUCUCAACGCCUGUAUCCGGGCGUAUCGUUUGUGGAACGGGAGGCCAACCAGGACUACACAUUGAACAACCAUACGACUGGCCACCAACAGAGAUCCUCCGGUGGUAUAACCAUACGCAAGGGUCAAGUAGUUCACAUACCUGUCUAUUGUAUACAUCGCGAUGAGGCUAACUAUCCCCAGGCCGACCAGUUCCUGCCCGAUCGGUUUCUACCGGGCAAUCAAUUAGGCCAACAUCAUCAUCCCUAUACUUAUUUGCCGUUUGGUGCCGGACCACGUAUUUGUAUUGGUAUGCGAUUGGCCGUUAUUGAGGCCAAACUAGCACUGGUCAAUGCCGUCUACAAGUAUCGGUUUUUAGAUACCGGGAAACCCCUUGAGUUUUAUGACGGUUUGUUAGGCGUUAUGACUCCUAAGCAAGUGUUUGUUAGGGUUGAAAAACGUCCCGAAAAUUAA